CACUGGGCUGGGAGCUGGCCGGCCUCUCCCCGCCCUAGCGAGGCAGGGCCCGCGCGGCCCCGUGCUUUCUCACCUCGCAGCUCUAGCCCUCAUGCCAGGAUGGCAGAAGAUGAGCCUGAUGCUAAGAGCCCCAAGACUGGGGCAAGGGCCCCACAAGGUGCUGAGGCUGGGGAACCCACAACCCUUCUCCAAAGGAUCCGAAGUACCAUUUCCAAGGCCGUACAGAACAAAGUAGAGGGAAUCCUGCAAGAUGUUCAGAAAUUCUCAGACAAUGACAAGCUGUAUCUCUACCUUCAGCUCCCCCCAGGUCCCAGCACUGGAGAAAAAAGCUCAGAGCUAAGCCCACUCACCAAUGAGGAGUACAUGUAUGCCUAUCGGUGGAUCCGCAACCACCUAGAAGAGCACACAGAUACCUGUCUGCCAAAGCAGAGUGUUUAUGAUGCCUAUCGGAAGUAUUGUGAGAGUCUUGCCUGUUGCCGCCCACUCAGCACAGCCAACUUUGGCAAAAUCAUCAGAGAGAUCUUCCCUAACAUCAAAGCCCGAAGGCUUGGUGGCCGGGGUCAGUCCAAAUACUGCUACAGUGGCAUAAGAAGGAAGACCUUGGUAUCUAUGCCACCCCUACCUGGACUGGACUUAAAGGGUUCUGAGAGUCCAGAAAUGGGUCCAGAAGUAACCCCCGCACCUCGGGAUGAACUGGUAGAGGCAGCCUGUGCCCUAACCUGUGACUGGGCAGAGCGAAUCCUGAAGCGGUCUUUCAGUUCCAUCGUUGAAGUCGCCCGCUUCCUGCUACAGCAGCAUCUCAUCUCUGCCCGAUCUGCACAUGCCCACGUGCUUAAGGCCAUGGGGCUUGGCGAAGAGGAUGAACAUGCCCCUCGGGAACGGUCAUCGAAACCCAAGAAUGGAGUAGAGAACCUGGACGGGGGAGCCCAUAAGAAACCAGAGAGACUGGCCCAGUCUCCAAAGGAGUUGGAAACCCGGGCUGGGCCCAGCCCUCAGGCACGUGGAGAGCGCAAGAAGAGUGUAAUUGAGAGCUCUGCACCAUCAGCCAGUAACCCGCAGGUCAAUGCUCUAGUGGCCCGGCUGCCUUUGCUCCUUCCCAGGGCCCCUCCCUCACUUGUUCCACCAAUCCGAGUUUCUUCACCCAUCCUGGCCCCCAAGCUUUCUUCAGGCACCCUACUGCCCCUGCCCAGUAGGGUUGGGGGACCCCAGGCAGCUGUGCCUAUCAUUAACAUGAUCUUACCAACAGUUCCUGCUCUGCCUGGACCUGGGCCAGGGCAAGCUUCACCUGGGGGACUCACUCAUCCCAGGGGCACAGAGAACAAGGAGGUAGGCAUAGGUGGUGACCCAGGACUCCAUGAUAAGGGUGUCAAGAGGACAGCUGAAGUACCUGUGAGUGAGGCCAGUGGACAGGACGCACCAGCUAAAGCAGCAAAGCAGGAUACAGAGGAUGUAGCAAGUGAUGCCAAAAGAAAACGUGGGCGCCCUCGAAAAAAGUCAGGUGGAAGUGGGGACAGAAAUUCCACCCCCGAGAAGUCAGCAGCUGCCACGGACUCUGCCCAGUCCUCGAGGUUACCAUGGGAGACAUGGGGCUCAGGAGGGGAAAGCAACUCAGCUGGAGGAUCAGAGAGGCCAGGGCCAGGGGUAGAGGCUGAGCAGGGAACAAUGUUUGCCCAAGCUCAGGAAGAUGGUGCCGUUUCCAAAGGAGGAAGGGGCCCCAGUUCCCGGCAAGCCAAAGAAGUAGAAGAUAAAAUUCCUCUUGUCACCUCAAAAGUGAGUGUCAUCAAGGGCAGUAGAAGCCAAAAGGAGGCUCUUCAGUUGGUAAAGGGAGAGAUAGAUGCAGCAGCACAGGGUAAUAAAGUCUUAAAGGGGCAUGUGCUUCAAAGUUCUUUAAUCCAUGAGCGUAAAGACCCAGAAGCAACACCCCCAUGAUAUCUGUGGAGAAGAGUGUCUGUUGUCCAUAUAUUAACUCUGCCUGCCUGCCUGGUAGAAGCCCUUCUUUACUGCACUUGCUUCUCAUUUGCUAUUCUUUGCCUAAGGUAGUCAUUCUCUGUAAGGACAGCUGAGUCGCCCAGUCUUACAGAGUGCCUGGUGGCUACCUCUAACCUUUCCAGCUUAAUACCUUGGCUUUAGUGUAACCAAUAAAUCUGUAAUGACCUUCUUACCUGAAUCCCUGUGCUCUCCUAUGGGAACACAGGGAUGGGUAAGUAUGAUGGAUAUACAGGUUAGAGAUUUUCUGGUUUUCAAUAUAGAAAAACCUAACUCAAACUGGCUUAAGAAAAAAGAAUUGCUGGGUGUGGUGGUGCAUACCUGUAAUCUCAGCUACUUGGGAGGCUGAGGCGGGAGGAUUACAAGUUUGAGGCCAGCCUAGGCAACUAGAUCAGGCAAUUUAGGGAGACCAUGUCUCAGAAUAAAGGUAUAGGCAGAAAAAAGUGGCAGAGACACUUGGGGGUGAGGGUUGGUGGGUAGAGAAAGUAAAAAGGAUUUAUUGUGUGUAACUGGAAAAUCCAGAGGUAGUGCCAGAUCCAGUGAAGCUUGGUAUGGUUGCUCAGUAUGUCUCUAAAUAUCUGAUUGGUUUUUAAUCUCACUGCUCAGCCUAAUGUAAAAUCAUCUUAAGUCUGGGCUACCUCAUAGCUACCAGCACUCCUAGGAUUACGUUUACUCAUUUAUGUCUAGCCAGAAAGAGAAGGUAUCAUUGUGCCUGAAAAUCCUGAAGAUUGGUUCUGAUUAGUCCAGCCUGGGUCAACAUCCACCCCUCAGUGUGGCCAGUAGGAUGAUACAUUAAGUUGCUUAUUCUAUACCAUGGACCAUACCAUUGGGGAAAAAGGUGGUGGAAUCAGAGUCCCCACAUGGAGACUGGGCAAGGGGAGUUGCUAGGAGGCAGCUGACACCCAACUACAACUACAAAGUGCAUGUGGUCUUGCCUUGCUGGGCUGAGACCAGCUAGGGCUGCUUCUUUUCUCAGUCUUGUAUUUCCCUUCCUGUAACUCUAACUUCUUUCUUCUUGUGCCAGUCCCAGAAAGAAGGAGAGGGAAUUCAUUCUUUAGGGACUCUUCUCAGUCUUACUUAGAUGGCACCAUCUUUUUUUCCACCUAUAUCUCAGUGAUGGAGCUCUUUCCAUUUCCUGUUUGAACUUUCUCCUCAUUUUUGCUUCCCUAUCUCCUUACUGACACUUUCACCAACUAGAGUGAAAGAUUUACUUCCUAGUCAUUUCUCUAAAUUCAUUCUGCGUCCACCAGGUGUCAGUCUCUUGUCGUACAUAAUCAGGACGGACUUGGCAAGACUGGGGUUUAGGCUAGAAGUAUGGAAGGACGUUGUUCUGCAUGUCCUGGAGCACUAAAGGAAGGAGAUCCAGACCUUCCGCAUGUGUCCCUGGGAAAAGCAGUAAACCAACUCCUUUGUUCUCUACAUAGGGUAGCUUUGGUCAGGGAAUCUUGGUUCUUCCCAAGAAAUACGGAUUUGUUUCAGGGAGAUACUCAUUUGCCCAUUUGUUUCCAUCACAGCAGAUUUUUUUUAAAAAAAUAUGUAAUAUUUGAUAUAUAAAGAAUAUAUGUAACAUGAGUAAAUUAUGAAAUAUAAUAAUAAAAUGAGUAACUAUGACCCUGUACUCGAUUCACACAUUAAAAUACCAUUGAGUUUUUGAUCCUCCCGAUCUUGUCCCCCUUCCUGUCUUUAGAGGUGAAGACUGUCCUUAAUUUUGUGUUUAUUAAUUAAUUGUUUUAUAUAUAUAUAUAUUUUAACCACAUAUGUAUACUUUAAAAGUAUAUUGUUUAGUUUUGCUUGUCUUUUAGCUUUACAAAAAUGUUACUCUACUACUACCUUGAUGUUUGCCUUUUUGCACUUACCAUUGUUUCUGAGAUUCAUCCAUGUUGUAAUAGCUGCGAUUAACCCAUUUUCAUCUGUAUAAUAUUACGUCAAGAGCAUAAACCACAAAUUAUUCACCAUUCACCUCUCAAUGCAUAUUUGGGCUGUUUCCAGAUUUUUGCUAUUAUGAACAAUGCUGCUAUGAACAUUCUUGUACAUGUUAGUGCCUUUGUUUUUAGCAAGAUUUCUAAAAAGGUUUCUAAGAUGGUCCUUUUGAUGGUACACCUUUUGAGCUGGAAAUGUUCCCUCUUGUUUUAUUCUCUGGAUGAGUUUAUAUCAGAAUGAAAUGAACUGUUCUUGAAUAUUUGGUAAAACUCACCUAUAAAGCCA